AUGACCGUUGCCACCAGUAUAGCUGAAGCAGAAGCACACAUCCCAAGCGCCCAGGAGCGUUUUUGGAGACGAGCCGUCAAGAUGUGGACCGACAUGCAUACUCUGCCUACGACAAAUCCACUGCGUAACGCGACGAAGAGCAUCCGAAAGUUCAAGCGGUUCUGUCGGUCUCCCUUCUACGAGCUGGCGACAGCACUCAAUGACAUUCCGGUCGACGAACUGGAGACGAUCAAUCCCUUCUCUUUGGCUCCGUGGGCCGAACGUAUCCGGACGAUCACUGACGAUGAUGACGCAGCGACACGCAUAGAAGCGGCCGCGGACGGGGUUAUGCAUGUAGCAGUGAGCAGCUCAGCCCGUAAUGGUCUUGUAGGGUCUGGUGCGGUGAUCGAACUGUCUCCUACAAGUGGACAAGGAGCGGGACUUGAACGCCACUCCUUCACCCUUGGCCUGAGGACGGAACAGAACCCGUUCUCCGGAGAGUUGGCGGCCAUUGCGCAAGCGCUCAGGUGUUUACCGGAGAUGAGAAAUCGGAGCGUGGAAGUAUUGACAAGCAACAAGGCAGCCGUUCUUACCCUUCGAAACCCACGACAACAAUCAGGCCAGCAGUAUGUCGACUCGAUACACGAGACCAUCGGCGCCCUGAGAGACCAGGGAAACGCGGUGACAGUUACAUGGGUGCCCGUCAGCAGUGAACAUGAGCUCCUCAGACUGGCCAAGGACCAGGCACGGGACGCCACGCGCGAGGGCGCGACUCCCGCAGCGAAGUUCCCCAGAGCACGAUCAACGACACUGGGCAUCGCAAGGGCGAAACAGCGUGCUGACAAUAAAAUUCCGAGCAACGUCGGGGAUUUCACUAGGAGGAUCGACGGAGCACUACCCGGAAAACACACUCGCCAACUAUAUGACCAAUUGACAUGGAAGGAGGCCAAUGUGCUGGCACAACUCAGGACAGGCAUGGCGCGACUGAACGACUACCUGUACCGCAUCAAAGCAGUAGCGUCGCAACAGUGCGCUUGCGGACACGCCCGAGAAACAGUAGAUCACUUUCUUUUUCGAUGCACCAGAUGGACAGCAUUUCGCACGGAGAUGAUACAAUGCACAGACACACAGCGAGGGAACAUUUCGUUCUUCCUGGGGGGCAAGCAACGAUCGGACAAUGACAACUGGGCACCAAACAUGGAAGCAGUGCGCGCCACGAUCCGUUAUGCGUUAGCAACAGGGCGAUUGGAGAACACGCGACAUUGA